UCAGAUGCGAUUGGAGGCCAGGCCUCAGCACCUCUCCCCUCCCUUCCCCAAGGGGAGUGUCCCUUGCUGCUGCAGCUGUUGACUGAGAGGCCAGUGCCCGCCCUGCUCCCCUUCCGAGGCUGCCAGCCUUUGCCCCAAUCUCUGCAAAGCAAAGUCCUGCAGCCGCCUCUGCCCAUUGGGUCACUGACUCGGCCACCCUGUUGACCAAGGCUGCUGGUGGAGGCCGGGGACACAGGGUGGGGGGCUUCCUUGGCCACCUGGUCGCACAGAAGGCAGAAAGGAUGCCCUCCCGGCCUGGCCUCCUGCUGCUGCUGCUGCUGCUGCUGCUGGCCUUCUCGGGGAUGGCCCCGCCGGGGAGCGCCGCCUGCGCCCGCCUGUCCCCGUGCCGGUGCUUCGGCGGCGCCACCGUCUUCUGCUCGGGGCGAAACGUUUCGGGCGUCCCGGAGGAGCUGCCGCCCGAGGCCACCCGGCUGCUCUUCGUGGGCGCCUCGCUGAGCUCCGUUCCCUGCCGCGCCUUCGCCCCGCGCGGCAACGGUAGCAGCGGCGGCGGCGGCCUGCGCCACCUCUCCUUCCUGGACUGCCCGCUCCGGACGCUCCCGGGCUGCGCCUUGGCGGGGCUGCCGCGGCUGCGGGAGCUGGACGUGGCCCUCGCCCAGCUGGCCGCCCUCCCCCGCGGGGCCCUGCUGGGCUUGGGCCGCCUGAGCAAGCUGGCCGUCCGCUUCAGCCGGCUGGAAGCCCUGGAAGAGGGGCUCUUCGACGGCACCCCGGCGCUCCAAGCGCUGCAGCUGCAGGGCAACCGGCUGGCGGCGCUGCCCGCGGGGCUCUUCCAGCCGCUGCGCGGCCUCCAGGCGCUCUCCUUGGCUCAGAACCGGCUGGCCGAGCUGCCCGCCGAGACCUUCCAGCCGCUGCUGCGCCUGCGCGAGCUCCGCCUGAGCGACAACCUCCUGACGCGCCUCCCGCCGCGGCUCUUCCGGCCUCUGGCGGCGCUGCGGGAGCUCUUCCUGGACGGGAACCGGCUGGCCGAGCUGCCCCGGGGGCUCUUGGCGGGGCUGCCCCGGCUGCGGCGGCUGCACCUGCAGCACAACGCCCUGGGCCGCCUGGAGCCCCCCGGGCUCUUGGCGGGGCUGCCCCGCCUGGCCUUCCUGCAGCUGCAGGGCAACCGGCUGGCGGCGCUGCCCGCGGGGCUCUUCCGGGGGACGCCUGGCCUGGUGGAGCUCUCCCUGGCCCGCAACCGGCUCCGGGAGCUGCCCGCGGGGCUCUUCGGCAACCUCUCCGAACUCGCCGUCCUUAGCCUCGCCCACAACCGGCUGGGCCGCCUGGCUGCCGAGACCUUCCAGGGCUUGGCCGGGCUGGGCCGGCUGCAGCUGCGCCACAACUGCCUCGCCGUCCUCCCCGGGGCGGCCUUCGCCAACCUCAGCAGCCUGGAGGCCUUGGACGUGGCCCACAACCGGCUGGAGAGCCUGCCCGCGGGGCUCUUGGACGCCAACCGGGCCUUGGUCAGCCUGGCGCUGGAGGGCAACCCCUGGCGCUGCGACUGCCGCCUGAGCCCCCUGGCCGACUGGCUGCGCUCGCUGGACCACCCGCUCGGCGCCCGCGUCUUCUGCCGGGCCCCCGCCGCCUUGGAGGGCAGGACUCUCCUGGCUGCCAGGGAGGAGCAGCUCCUUUGCCCAGGGGAAGCGCCCACUGCCGCCCUGGACCGGCUUGCUUAGAGGCUGCCGGCACCAUUCAGGGCAGAGGAGGGCCGGGACAGUGGCCGCCUCUGAGCGAGACAAAGGAGCGGCGGGCAGCUGCGGAGCGGCAGGCGCGAAUCGGGCAGCGCCGAUCCCAAGGGCUGCAAGACCCAAGCCCGGGAGCCACCAGGAAGCGCUGAGGUUGCUCGCCUUCACCCUGGACCAGCUCCUGCUACAGAGGCCCCCUCGCUCCUCUCCCCCGCCAGGGCUCCUUCUGCAGAGCAGAUCGCUGGAUCCCAGGGAUUCUGUGCUGCGUCUGCCAGCCCGCCGGGAUUCCCGUCCCUCAUCAUCGGUGAAGGCUGUUAGAGAAGAGCUCCGGGGUUCCUGCAACAGCACAUGCCCCCCCCCCCCCCGUGUGCCUCAUUCCAGCUCUGAAGACCUUUAGAUUCUAGCUAGGCUUGUUGUCUUUCCUCCUCCCCUUUCCCUCCCCUCUUCCCCCCCCCCCCCCCCUCCCCUUUCCCUUCCCCUCCUCCCCCUCCUCCUUUCCUUUCCCUCCCCCUCCUGUUCCUUUACAUUUCUUUUUGCUUUUUGCAGUUCACACACAUUUAUAUGUUGCUAUUAUGGUUGGUGUUACAAUGUUUGAGGACUUCGACAUUUUUGUGAUUGUUGUGUACUUUUUGCAGGGGCUGAAUUAAACCCAAUCCUGUGUUUAAUCCAACCAAAGUAUAUAUAACAUGUUUUGCCUUAACCAAUAAAUCAUUAUAGUCAGUUA